AUGGCUUUAUCUACCCUUUGUCUGAUGAAAGAACUCAUGAGCUCGCACGAAACAUCUCUCUUGAGCCAGCUGAAACAGUUGCAUCGAAAGAGAGUUAGGCAAUUAUUUUUCGUCUAUGGCUGCCCCGACUUCGCAGAGAGCUGGAAAUGCAGAUUCGUCGACCCGAGAACGUCAACACAGGCUGUCUUUCGCCGCUUCGGCUCAAACAAGGUAUCUUCGUAUGCAAGGCUGAAAGCUAUUGCUAGACGGAGAGGAUUUAAGAAUGAUACUAAGUUGAUGACAUGGGAAAUCGCGGAGAAGACAACCAUUGUACUCUUCGAGGAAGCAUUUCAAUCGUAUUUGAACAAGUUCUUUCUUUCCACCAACGGGCAAACCCCAGCGGCACUGUUACCGGAGUAUAUCUCGAUGAGUCUGGACUACCAAACAAAGUUCUGGAAUCUGGAGAGUGUGAAAUUUGUGGAAGUUGUCAUUGAUUGA